AUGAUUGAUUACAGUGAUGAGCCCAAAAACCUAAAGAAAUUCAAUAGUUUUCUCCCUUUUCCUCGAUUUCACCUUUUCGUUCAUUUUCUACUACAAAUUCGGUUGAAAGUAAGACCCAUAUCAAUAACUGGCUGGGCAGCACCGGCGGGACACGACGCCGACCGGAAAAUCUCGCCGCCGUACUGCCGCCGGCAGACGGCGCGGUACAGCCGGAGCGCAGGGAAGGUGGAUGAGAGUUUCGGGUCCAGAUCGGGCGAGUCGAAUCGGAACCCCAGGUCCAGGCAGCCGCGGAGCUCGUCGAGGUCAUCGUCUGUCAAGUCGCCGUCUUCGCGCCGCCGCAUGAGGUGGUUCCGGCGGCGAUUGGUCCAGGCCACUUCCCGGAGGACGUCCGGCGACCACGAGCACUGCCUGAGCAGCGGCUGCGGCGGACUCCGCGGGGAUCCGAGGUGGCGGAGCGGGUCGGGUUCCGCCAUAGUUUCCUUAAGCGGGAAUGAAAGGAGGAUGAGCCGAUGGCGAGGUAUAAAAGGGAGGGAGCUGUGUGUGGGCCCAAGGAUGGGAUGA